AGACUCUGGACGUGCGUGGACCGGGGGCGCUCUGCCUCUGCCUUAUAAAAAAGCGUCAGGGCAGGGCGGGCCGGGCACCCGGGAGGCGGGUACCAGGCCUCAGCAGAGUCCGGGCGGCCGCGCCUCGCCUUCACCUGUUGCGGAGGCAGGGUCUGCGGUGGCUGGGGCUCGGCUGGCUGGACAAGUAGGUGUGCGGUUGCAAAGAUGGGCCGCUAUUCUGGCAAGACGUGCCGGCUGCUCUUCAUGCUCGUGCUCACCGUGGUCUUCUUCGUGGCCGAGCUGGUCUCGGGAUACCUGGGCAACUCCAUCGCGCUGCUCUCGGACUCCUUCAACAUGCUCUCCGACCUGAUCUCGCUGUGCGUGGGCCUGGCCUCCGGCUACAUCGCCCGGCGCCCCACCCGAGGCUUCCGCGCCACCUACGGCUACGCGCGCGCGGAGGUGGUGGGCGCGCUGAGCAACGCGGUCUUCCUCACCGCUCUCUGCUUCACCAUCUUCGUGGAGGCGGUGCUGCGCCUGGCCCGGCCCGAGCGCAUCGAUGACCCGGAGCUGGUGCUCAUCGUCGGCGCCCUGGGGCUGGCGGUCAACGUGGUGGGGUUGCUCAUCUUCCAGGACUGCGCCGCCUGGUUCACCUGCUGCUGCCGGGGCCACCGUCGCCGCCUGCCGCAGCGGCAGGAGCAGGCUCUUGGCAACCCUCCCGGCGCUUUCGGGUGGCCCCAAGGCGCCGAGGGCCAGCAGCAUGCUGCGACCCCGACGGCCCCCGGCUUGGACUCAGCUGUGACCCUCCGGGGGGCUUCGAUCGAAAGAAAGCAGAAGGGGGCGACCGUAUUCUCAAAUGUAGCAGGUGAUUCCUUGAACACCCCGAAUGAGCCUGAAGAGACUAUGAAAAAGGAGAAAAAGUCUGAAGCCCUGAAUAUCAGAGGUGUUCUUUUGCAUGUGAUGGGAGAUGCCCUGGGGUCGGUGAUUGUGGUCAUCACUGCCAUUAUAUUCUAUGUGCUGCCCCUGAAAAAUGAGGACCCGUGUAACUGGCAGUGCUACAUCGAUCCCAGCCUAACUGUUGUCAUGGUCAUCAUUAUUUUGUCAUCUGCCUUCCCACUCAUCAAGGAGACUGCUGUCAUUCUCCUGCAGAUGGUCCCGAAGGGAGUCAACAUGGAAGAGCUGAUGAGUAAACUCUCUACUGUGCCUGGAAUCAGCAGUUUGCAUGAAGUGCACAUCUGGGAACUUAUAAGUGGAAAGAUCAUUGCCACCCUGCACAUCAAGUAUCAGAAGGACAGGGGAUAUCAGGAUGCCAGCACAAAAAUUCGAGAAAUUUUCCACAACGCAGGAAUCCACAAUGUGACCAUCCAAUUUGAAAAUGUGGACGUGAAGGAAUCCCUGGAGCAGAAGGACUUACUAUUGCUCUGCAGCCAUCCCUGUGUUUCCAACAGCUGUGCUAACAAGCUGUGCUGCCCCCCUGGGUCAGUGCCUCUGGCCCAUGUCAAUGGUUGUGCUGAGCACAAUGGUGUUCCUCCUCUAGAGACAUAUUGUAGCAGAAGAGAUACACCAGAAGUGGCUAUUGAAGUGUCUCUGGAUGGCUGCCUCAGUGACCAUAGACAAGCUAUUAACAAAACUCACGAGGACCAACAUGAUAACAGUACACAUUUUUAACCUGGUACCCACAUAAAGUCAGACUAUUUAGACAAGGCACUUUGGAAUUGCCAACCUGGCCUGUGGAAAGAGCUUUGUGGGUUGUGGGCUCUGACCAAACUUGCAGUGCGUGCUCUUUGUGUUCAGUGAGGGUUGGCUGUUUGGGAUUUUAGUGAAACAUGUCUGUUGAUUUUCAUGUCACUGAUGACCAUUUUCCAUCAUCCUGGGUAACGACUGCUGCUCUUCAACAGUUUCAGUUUAAACAUACAUUUUCUGAAACAAACUGAACUAGAGUCAAUGUCAAUGUCAGGGACAUUGAAGGGCUGGGGCUCAGUGACCGUGGACACAGAUUUCAAAGUAGUUCUUGCUUUGUGUAUGUGUAUGUGGUGCUGGCGAUAGAUCCCAGGGCCUUGAACAUAUUAGGCAAGAGCUGUACAACUGAACUGUAGAUCUCCAAUCCUUGUUUUCAAACUGAUCAGAACUUUUUGCUGACUCUCAGGUGAGCUCAUAGUCUAAGUACAUAGAAAAAACUGAUGUACCAUGAUAGCUAUGUUUUCUCCCCCAUGAAGAUCAUGAAAGAGGAAAACUAGAUAUUUCUGGUACUGCAGAAGUAUCUUUGAUUCAACUUGGAUAAAUGUAAAAUAAAUACCUGUUAAGGUAUAAAUUGUUCUCAAAGCAUUAGAGGAAGUGGAUUCUAGUGGGUAAGGAGAAAAAUGUAUUUUUUUUUUUUUGGACCAUCUUUUCAGUUUGUUAGGCUAAAGAAAACUAAUGUUUACUUUCUGCUGGGAACUGAUCUUUGGUUAUAGCAUGUUUUAGAUGUUUAAAUACCUUCUUUUCACUUGGAAGUGUGGGAAUACUUCUAUUUCCUUAUGUACUUAUUUGCUAUCAUUUAGAGUCUCCAGUUGGGAUUACUAUCAUGUAUUGCUUUGAUGAUGAUUUACUUAUUUGUUAAAAUUUCCUUAGAGUCUCUUUUUAUAUGAUCACAUUGAUCUGUGUGACAUUUACCAGGGGAAAAUGAGUAUUCCUGACAUAGGAGAAUGCGAGCUAUUGAGUGCUUAUUUCUGCCAAAUAAAUAAGCUAUACUGAUGUUCCUUUAAUUAGACAUGUUUUAAAGUAUUUAUUACAGUUGCCAUAUAGCAACUUGAUGGAAAAGUUGAUGUCUUAGUGAGAAACGAGAGUUAAUUUAACUGCUGCUUUUAAUGUGUUUUGAAGAGCUUAGCGUUUUCUUUUAGAUCUCUGACUCAUAUUACCAAGUUCAAAUAAAAAAUUUAUUAUAAUCUAAUUUAGACACAUAACUGAACUACAUUAGUAGUGGAGAAGUAUCUUUUGUGUAUUUAACAGAUUGUUUAGGUAUUAGUAUUUAAGCCAAACAGUCUCCUAGGUGUGUGAAAUAGGAGGUCCCCUAGAGAGCCAGCAUUUUCUUUGAUAGGUUGUAAGACUGACUGAAAAACUCUCCUUUUCUAGGUUGUAAGCUUUGAGUCCUGUUUGGAAUCUGCACAGGCUUUAUUAAAAUCUCUGGGAUCAUAACAAACAAUAUCUGCAUUUUUUUUAUCACAGGCAUCAUUUUAAAAAUAUUUGUCUUUGUCAGGGAAGGUGGUGUACACCUGUAGUCCCAGCUACUCAGGAGGCUGAGCAGGAGAAUCAUUUGGGGCCCAGGGGAGUUUGAAGCCAGUUUGGGCAACACAGUGAGACCCUGACUCAAAAAAAUAAAAAUUUCUUGGUCUUAGUCCUAAAAUUGAAUGCUAGUAAGUAAACAGCUAUGAUCAUGAUGUAAGAUAGAAAAUUCUUUAUUCUUUGCAAGUUUAUUAGCUAAGUUUAAAUUGGCUGUAAACAGGUACAUAGAAAAAUUCCUAAAAAUGUGUUCAUCUCUAGAAGUUUAUUGGAUUAGGUUAUAUGCACUUUAUAAGUCGGGGGGGGGGGGUAAAUAGUAAGACACCAUUUCUAUUUUUAGUAUCAAAAGUGAGACAUGUACUCUCACAUAAACCAGAGGAUUCUCUAAGAAACUCACCAUAGUGAGAUGUGAACCAAAUUCUCCUACCUAAAUAUUGCUUGAGAUGCCUUAGCUGGAGCCAAAGAAGAAAUCUGUCUCUUACUUCCAAAUUUGAAGGUCUAAUUUGAUUUCACACCAUUUUCUCUUUAUUAAAAGGGAAAAAUUGUAAUUUUGCAGUUUUUGUGCAGCUGGCUAAAGGAAUGCAUUUCAGCUUGUUUCUAAACAAUGACCUUUACUUAAUCUCUAAGGUAUUUUUCUGGAAAGGAGAAAGCACUUAAUUCCAACAUAAUUAAAUAUUACCUCAGAAAACUAUCUUGAUUGACACUUAUAAAUAUCCCAAAUUAUGGGUGAGGGCCAGUGAAAAAUAAUGCCUUUUAAAGAUAGUUUGGCUAAGUGCAUUUAAUAAAAUCCAAACAAGCUGAAUAAGUGCAGUUUUUAAAAAUUGGGUUAGGCGAGUUUCAUUUGUCACCUGCUGUAUGGUACUUUAAUUUGGGUUCUACUCUCCCUUCAGUUGUUCUCUCUUUGAAUUCUCCCAAGGAAAUGAAAGAGUUUUCUUUUUCCCUCUGAAUCAGUGCUGUUUGAUGAUAGCUACAUCUGAUGAACAGUAGAUUUAAAACAAGAGUUUUUUAGAUUAGAGAAAUACUGCCACUCAGUUUGUGUUCUUGUAUGCUUAAGUUCAUUCCAGAAAAUGCUCUCCUUUUUUUUUUAAGCAUUUAAUUCCCCGCCCCCCCACCCAACCCCCUUCAGUGCUGGGUAUCAAACAAAAGGGCUUGCACAUGGUAGGCAAAGUUUCUGCCACUGAGCUAAACCCCUGGCCCUGAAAAUGUUUUUUAUAAAGUUUGUGGCAUCCUUUGUGUGUCAGGUCAGAACCAUUUUGUUCUGCAUGCUAGUCUGGCUAUUUAUCCUUCUAGCACUUUCUAUAGCUCUCUUGCCCUUCUCGUUCUAUGGAACAAGUUCUUUCUAUGGAACAUUGUAGAAAGCACUAGAACUGCUAAAACUGCUUAAUUUUCCAACUUUCCGCUUUGUUUUUGAAAAUAGAGGCUGAUUUUUUUUCCAUGCUAUUUGGCCGUUAUGAAUAUUCACAAGGCCACUAGUCUCAUUGUUGUCAGAAAAAAAUACUGUCUAACUUUUUGAUAAAAUGUCAAUAAAACAGGGAGAUAUUAUUUGAGGAUUUAAUUUAGUUAAGGCCUUCACAAAUGCCUGUGCAUACUAGGAUGUAAAACAAAUUUUUUUUUUUUAGUAUGGGUUAUGAGAAAAACAUGUAUGAAAGGCAUCAUUUUAUAUAAUUCCAAGGGAUUAAUAGUGGUACUUCUCAGGAGGAAAACCUGAAAUUGAAAUUUAGAAUUUACACGAGGCAGGAUGUGCUUAGUAAGGCAGCUUCUCUGUGACAAUCGAAGCUUCUGCUCUGUUUAAACUGGGCUUUUUUUUUAAUAUUUAUUUUUUAGUUUUAGGUGGACACAAUAUCUUUUAUUUUAUUUUUUUUAUGUGGUGCUGAGAAUCAAACCCAGUGCCUCACGCAUGCUAGGCAAGCGCGCUACCACUUGAGCCACAUCCCCAGCCCAUAAACCAGGUUUUUCAAUCUUGACAUUAUUGAUAUUUUCAACUGGACAAUUCCCGAUGUGUGGGGAUGUCCUGUGUAUUACAGGAUGUUUAGCAACAUCUCUGGUUUCUAUUCAUUUGAUGCCAGUAGCAUCUCCCCAAGUUGUGGCAGCUAGAAAUGUCUGUGACAUUGCCAGACGCCCUGUGGGGAAAAUUUUUACCCCUAGUUCUGAACAACUGGCUUAUACUAAGGGUCUUAGGGCUGUUGUUGAUGAAGUCCCUCCAGAGCCCAAUAGUACUUUUAAUAUCAUCAGUUUUUCAGGAUUCGCUCUUUAAAAAUAGUGCUUAGUUUAUUUGUUGUGCUAGGGAUCAAACCCAGGAUCUUGCACAUGCUAAACACUUGCUAUGCCACUCAGUUACUCCCUCAGUCAAACAAUGUUUUAAAUGUUGAGAUUAAACUAUAAAAAUGACUGGUUGUCUCUACCUAGGAAUUUGGGGUAUUUAAAGAAAAAAAAAUAUAAUUUUAAAAAUCCUGCUAUACCAAUCCAACAUUAGGAUAAUGAAUGCAGUGAAAAGAAAACUAUUUGCUCUCUGUUCUGUGAUAAUUUCUUCAACUCUUGGGUAGCUUCAAUUUGAUGAGCACACCAUGAAUGAGACUGGGUAAUAUCAGCACAAUCGAUUCUUGGGGUUAAAGUUUUAAAUUUUUCAUAUUUAAAAUUCUCAAUUUUAAACUCGAUGUUUCUUGUUAUUAGUUUUUGGUAAGGAGCUCAUCUUAGUGCUUAUGACAAGUUUAGACAUUAAAACAUUCUUCAUCCUUUAUGACUAGCUUAAUCCCUUGCCAAAUCCUAUCUAUUUUCUCUGAGGGGGCGACAUAUAUUAACAGAAUUUGGAAGUAUCUUGCUUUUAAAUGAUUUUCAUACUCUUGUAGUUCAAGACUGCAAAUAAGACUAGUUUAGGAAAAAUGGGGAUACACUUCUUGAUUUCGGUUUUUGUGUUUAGAUAAAUGAUCUCUGACUGAAUGUCUGUCCUAUAGCUCUGCCUUUAACCUGAUCAACUGUCAUCUAUUUGCACUUCUGAGUGUCUUUAUAUCCGAGUGGCCACAGUAGGAAUGAAGUUAUUGAAUCAGGAAAUUGGAACUUUCAUCAGACCAUAAUUCUCACUGUAGUCCAAAUGUUCUUAUGGACUUGAAGUUUAGCUAAUGUAGAUGUGUUAUUUUCUGGCACUUCUUUUACCAGGUGUUUUGUUGUUUACAUGGAACUUUCUUGAAUGCUUGCUAAAUGAUCAACUGUCACCUCUUCUACAAAGCCAGGCCAGCAACUCUGAACCUGUUCUGAAUUCUAAUGAGAACAACCCAGAAAGGUUGAUUCACAAGGGAGAAUGACCCCUUCUUGGAGGUUUGAGGUUAUGUUACAAUAUUGUGGAGCUUUGUUGCUUAAAGUCCUCCUUCUAUCUUCAUACGCAAUUUUGCUAAAGUGUAAUCAUUACAUUUGGGAGGUUGUUAAAACUUUAAGAUAUAGAGUUUAAAUAACUCAUUACUAACUGCAUGCGACUCCCCCCAACAAUGUAUGUAUUUCUGUGUACCUUUUGAAGGUGAAAGAUGUUCAAUGGUGCUGUAAAUAAAAUUUUUAAGAAACAAAAGUACAACCCAGGUGUUUGUGGAAAUUGAACAGAUAACCUGAAAGAGUUGA